AUGUCUUCUUUCGCUUUCUUCUUGCUGUGCGUUCAAGCUUGCUUGAUCCAGAAUGUAUACAGUCAGUGUCUCGGAGCUGGACUUGGUUUAGGAUAUGCUCCAGGAUUGGCCACUGAAUUAGCUUACGGACCUGGAUUAGGUCUUGGAUACGGAUAUGCUCCAGGAUUAGCCCCUGAAUUAGCUUACGGACCUGGAUUAGGUCUUGGAUACGGUCUCGCUGGGCCUGGCGCCCUUGGCAACUUAGCGUCCAUUCCUGGUCCAGCCUACGGGGGCACAGGCAUCGGUGACGUAGCGGUCGCAGGCGAGUUGGGUGUCGUUGGUAGCACGCUAGUAGCCGGCCAGGUGCCGAUUCUGGGCGCUGUUAGAUUCGGUGGUGAAGUUCCAGCUGGUGGUUGUGUCUCCAUCACCGGAAGCUGCAGCGGAAACUGUGGUUGCGGUUGCAACGGUGCUUACCUGUACUGA